AUGGCGACGUUAGCAAACCUGGCACACGACCAAAGACCGAGAUCAGAGGAAGGUUACAGAAACAUCAGUAAAGUGCACGUGGAUAUAGACGACGAACGUUCGACGUUCAGCAUGACGAAUGAACAAUGGCGGGAUGGAGCAGAAGGCAUAAGGAUUCUAAAAAAUAAAGUCUGGGGACAUCGGCCAGAAAAUUUGAAGUGUCAAGAAUGGGGAGACAUAGAAGAAGAAAAAAUGUUUCAAGAAAGCAGAGAGCGGAUAGAAGAGUUCAGAACUACGGCGCACCAAUUAGAAGAUAUACGAUCAACAACGAAUAAUGACUCGAUGCAAAAGUCUGGGUAUGUACAGUGCAAUGAAAGGGCUGAUGGCCAAAGUGUGUCUAAAAAUUGGCCUGAUGGCCCCCAACACAUGAAGCUCAAAGAAUGGGGGCGUGGCCCUGGCGACACAAAAUUUAGCGAUUGGGGAAAUGGUUCAACUUUGGAGCCGUAUGGAUCAACUUAUUCCGUCCGGGCUUCAAGACAACAGCCGCUACAAGGUCGCGAACAGCCAUACGGCCAUGAACAGCCUCACGGCUAUGUACAACCACAUGGCCAUGAAAAGCCACACGGACAUGAACAGCCACUCUGCUAUGAACAGCCACCACACUCACUCCAGCACCACAUGUGGACAGGUGACCCUGGUGAGGUUCACCACUGCGAGGUCUGUGGCGAGGUGGCCAAUGGUCAUUUUUUUGGUGCAGUUGUUUGCCUCCCUUGUAAGAGUUUUUUCAUCCGGUGUACAAAGGACGGGGAGACGUGCAUCCCACAGCAGUGCAGCGGUAACUGUGACGUCAAAAAACAGCUCCGGAACCGCUGCCAGUACUGUCGCUACCAGAGGUGUUUGGCCGUUGGUAUGUCCAGGAGAGAGAAGCCAGAGUCCGUGCUGCCACUGGAGGGCCAGGAACUGUGCCGAGUCUGUGGAGACCUGGCUAAUGGAAUACAUUUUGGCGUGUACACCUGUGAAGGAUGCAAGAAAUUUUUCCGUAGGGGACUAAAGGAGCACGAAAGCUACGCCUGCAAAGAUCAGAAAAUGUGCAGGCUAAAUCCCAGAAACCGAAAUAACUGCCGCUACUGUCGUUAUCAGAAGUGUUUGCUAGUCGGCAUGUCCAGGGAAGCAAUAAAAAUGGGUCGACCUAGAAAACUCUACCCUAGUCGGUGUGGCCUUCAAGUCGACUGUGUUACGCCCUCCAACGGGUUGCUCAGCGAAAGACAACUAAUUCAGUCGAGCACAUUUUUUGAUGACGCACUACACAUGUCUAAAUAUAGCAUCGGUACAGGCAAUGAUCAGUUUCAUGUACAAGUGGAUGUCGUUUCUCAAGCCUAUGACCAUAAUCCUUAUGGCAGUGAUUAUCAUAAUUUAAAAAUGAAACAUACAUCAUCACGCUAUGGCUAUGAUAUACAAACCUAUCAUGUUCGUACUGAUCGUCUUACUGGACAGAGGGGCGACGCUCCUGCAUGCUAUGGCCAUCAUAAUAUACACAGAAGUCACGUACCCUCAGACAAUGACAAUUUUCAUGCUGUGAGUAGCGUACCCCACGUGCCCCAUGCGAUGGUCCAAACAAGCAACUCCAAAAGUGUAAUCUCUCCACCCUCGUCUGCCUUACUCGCAGUAGGUCAGCGUGACCUUAGGUAUCGCUACUUCUCGGACAACUCUCAUUUUUUAACGCCCCCAUUUUCAGGCACAGAGAUGUCUCAAUGCCAUGAACACUACACACCCCCUACUGGAGCCAGCCAUUAUGUCCCACCUCUCACCCAGAGCCACUCACACAUCACACCCUCACACAUCACACCCUCACGGGUGUAUCCUUCCACCCUAACCUCACAGACAGCUCCGCUACCACUGCGGCCAGCGAUCCUAGGAGCGAAGUUCACACCUCCACACAGCCAGCCUCCACAGGGCACAGCCACCAAAAAUCUACCAACGCCGGAUGUGCCACACCCAUCCAGAUAUUUUAACUAUAACAGAUCGAAACUAAGUACCGAAACACACCGAGAAAGAUAUGGAAGCAAGAACUUUAAAAAACGAGUUAAAAGGUUGACACAAGCAAACACACGCAGCAGUCCUUGUUCUAUUAAUGUGAACUCGACAGAACUGAUGAGGAGAAUGCCGUCUUUGUUGCAAGUCAGUGACAUUUCAACGAGAGGCUUGCCGCACAAUCUGGUGCAGACGACCGGCUCGGCUCUACAGACGCCAUGUUUAAAUGUAAUAAAAGCAGAAGACAUUGUACCGACAGAGCACUCACAACGACACAGCCAAACGUCUUUACUACAGGGCGAUAGCCAAACGUCUUUACUACAGGGCGAUAGCCAAACGUCUUUCCUACAGGGCGAUAGCCAAACGUCUUUCCUACAGGGCGAUAGCCAAACGUCUUUCCUACGGGAUAACAGCCAAACGUCUUUACUACAAGAAGCCGACAAAGUUAUCAAAUGUGAAGACGUUUUAGAUUUAAGGUUCCUAAAAUAG